AUGUCCGAUAAUAAAAACAACAGCAACAACAACAAUAAUAAUAAUAAUAAUAAUAAUAGUAACAAUGACGACAAAAAAGAAGAAGCUCAACUUUGUUUAAGAAAUUGUGGUUUCUAUGGAAAUCCAAAAACAAAUGGAUUAUGUUCAAGUUGUUAUAAUAAAGAUUCAAACUCGACUUUAAGACAACAAUUACAACAACAAAUAAAUAAUAAUAAUAAUAAUAAUAUAAAUAAUAAUAAUAAUAUAAAUAAUAAUAAUACUAGUAAUGAAAAUAGUUGUAAUAAUAAUAAUAAUAAUAAUAAUAUAAAUAAAGAUGAAUCACCAAAAAGUAAUAAAAAGAGAACAUUAGAUUAUUUAGAUUAUUCAUUAGGUGGUAUAAAUGGAGUUUCAAGAAAUAAUAAUAUGUUUAGGGAAGGUUUAGAAUCCACUUCAGCACCUUCAGUUUUAUUAUCCUCACCAAAUACUCCCUCCUCCUCCUCUACUUCAACUACAACAACUGGUGGUACAAACUUACAAACAUCACCAUUGAAAAUAUUAAAAGGUGAAGAGAGUCAACCAGCAGCCGCACAACAACAACAAGCAUCUUCAUUAACAUCUCCACUUUCUUCCUCUCCGCUAUCAUCAUCACCAAGUAAAUCCAAUAUUAAAUGUAAAUUCAUGGGUUGUGGCAAACCAAUUGGUAUAAUGCAAUCAAUGUCAAAUAAAUGUAGAUGUGGUGAACACUAUUGCGGUAAACAUAUUCACAACCAUAAUUGUACUUUUGAUUAUAAAGGGUUGGCUAAAACUACAAUCGCAAAAGCAAACCCACAAAUUUUAGCAAAUAAAAUUGUUAAACUUUAA